AAACCUUAAAGUUCGUUGAUUGCGUGUGCCCGAGCGUCUACCUCGUUAGCCUGGACCUGCGCAGCUCUAUAUACUCCAUUCUUUCGAGAUCUGAGUGAACCCCCCUGCACUUCAUUCCCCGCUCUCCCUGUGCAAGUCAGCGAGUACAUAUACAUUGUUGUGCAGGCAUUCGAUAGCCCACAUUGUUCUGCGUUCGCCUGCUCUCGGCUGGGAAGGCGUGGAUGGGCUCGUCCUCGUAACUCAGCUCAAGCCCGUACGCUUGAGGCCCAGUUUCAGCUCUCCCAACGCUCUACGUGAACACACAUGUGUUCUCUGAGUUGCAUCAGGGGUUCGAGGUACGGCCCGAAAAUGGCUCGAGUUUGGACUGUCGCUUUUAUGAUUGCACUCUUGGUGCACUCAGCCCAAUCGCAGAGGACAUCUGCGCCAGCCAACUUUAUACUCGGAGACUCUCUGGUGGACCCAGGAAACAACAACUACAUUGGGACACUGGCCAAGUCCAACUUUCCCCCGAAUGGAAUUGACUUCCAACAGGGCGCGACUGGACGAUUUUGCAAUGGUCGAACUGUCGCCGACGUCAUUGUCCAACUUGCGAACCAGCCAUUCGUCCCAGCAUACUUGGAUCCCAAGAGCAGGGGCACUGCGAUUCUGGGCGGUUUAAAUUACGCUUCUGCGGCCGGUGGUAUUCUCGACAGCACUGGUGCAAAUUAUAUUGGGCGUAUCUCGUUGAACCAACAAUUGCAGUACUUCCAAAAGACUCAGCAAGAGUUCGCGCAGCUUCUGGGGCCCGUCGGUGCCCAACAAGCUCUCAGUAAAGCCCUGUACUUCUUCGUUAUCGGUAGUAACGAUUACAUCAACAACUAUCUGUUGGCCGGUUCUCAAACAGCUCGUCAGUACACACCGAAGCAGUAUGAGGCUCUCCUCGUGAACGAGUUCGCCCGUCAAAUUACCGCACUCUACAACUUCGGUGCUCGGAAAAUCGCUGUAUUCAAUGUCGGACCCUUGGGAUGUAUCCCGUCACAGCUCGCCAACCAGAGAAGUGUCGAUGGUAGUUGCAUCCAAUUCAUCAAUGAUUACGUUCAGGGGUUUAACAGAGCGCUUGGGCUGAAACUAAACGAUCUUGCUACCACACUCACUGGUUCCACUUUGGUGUACGGGAAUUCGUACGACCUCGUAUUCGAUAAGGUCGUCAACCCACAACGAUAUGGUCUGACUGUGGUGAACCAAGGAUGUUGCGGAUUUGGGAGAUUCAAUGGUCAAAUCCCCUGCAUCACGGGACUGAGGCCAUGUCCCAACAGGGCCCAGUACCUCUUCUGGGAUCCAUUCCACCCGACAGACGCCGUAAAUGUGCAACUCGGUCGAGAAUUCUUCUCCGGUGGCCUCUCGUCUAUUUCUCCAGUGAACAUCCAGCAGCUCGGGUCCUUGCCUUAAUUAUGUCAUAACUCGCGUGCUGAAGUAAAUUAAUUAGAGAUCUGAUUAGGGUGAUCCGUAUACUAUUACGGCUCAGAAAUCUUGAGUCUUAGAGUAACAUUGCCAACUUGACCUUUAGUCGAGUCGAGAAGGGAUGUAGUUCGCAAGAAACUCACAAACCGUGGGAAGCAAAGCACUGCUGUCUCACGAUUGAAUUGUAGUAAUAUUGACCUUACUACCAUGUACUACUGAAAUUCAGCAUUCAUAAAUUCGAAAUCUCCAGCGAUUCUUU